AUGUUGCCAGCAACCCCCGUUACUCCUGGCGCUACGCCUCCGAGCGAACACCUGGAGAUGCAAGGCACUUCAGGUGCAGCGGAAGCUUCUUCUGUCCAUGAUGCAUUUCUCAGUUAUAUGCCUUCCCCCUCGACGGGGAUGGAACAUGACGUCUCACAGCCAAUACUGAAUGCCUCCUCCCCCACCCGUCCCGUUAUUACGGGGGUUGCCCUUAUGCUAGCGCUAUUUGUUGCCACAUUUUUGGUCUUAAGAUGCUUCUACCACAUUUCAACAAUGUCAAGUGCGUCUAAAGGAGCAAGUGGUCGCCGUCUUUCAGAUCAUGGACGGCAUGACCCCUGCGAUGCUCCACAAGACCGUGAAGAGCAACAACAGCAGCAGCAGCAGCAACAAGACGUUGCUGGGGCAGCCGGCCCUAUGCCGGAAGCUGUUGCAGGCGCGCCUUCCGGAGCAGAAGCGGCAGCUUCAGCGCCGUCAACACCAUCCCUCCCAGCAGGUUAUUCUAGCGCUGUCCAUUUGGAUCUGCUCGACGUUUACGGGAAGUCCACGUACAUGAAUUCGUGGUUGUCUGGCGCAGAUGACGCAGCAUCUAGCGUUAGAGUUGGAGGGACUGAGUAUGACGAGGUUCUGCGUGACGGCGUCAAAUUCCUAGCGGCGCUGCAAGCAGUCACUUUUGCUGGUGAUGUUGGGGAAGAAGACCGUCAAGAGUUCCUUAAAACGCUAGAUCAGUGUAGGAAAACGGCAACGCGUCUCGCUCAACAAAGGGAAGGUAGUUGCAUUGAUGUUUGCGAAGUGAAGGCAAGCUCCCUUAGAUCUAGAUUCGUCGGUUCCUCCAGGCAUCUAGAAAAGGCGCGCAGUGGACAUCUUCUCCAGCCAAGCGACCCUGAACUUCAAACAAUGAUGGGCUUGAGAGAAGCUGUAAAAUCAGCUCAGAAGGUAUACGAUGACACGAAAAGCAUGUUUCCUGAUUUCUUUGGACUGAGUGGUGUUCAAAACUCUUUAAAAAGUCUUUCAGCAGCUAUCCAGGAAGCGGAAGAUUCCCUGAUGUUGGCGGCUAAUGCCUGCGCGGACAGCUGGACACGCCAUCUCAAGGCUCUGCAGCCAGCAGCUCAGGCAGAGGGAGCACAUGGAGAACGGGCCAGGCAAAAGCUGAUUGAGGGGAUGGACACCGCAAAGCAAAUGCAAACCAAGCUCCGCUACAUUUCCGGGAAAGCGCCGUCACUGUAA